AUGAAGGCAGCGCCCUUGAGCAAAGAGAUAGUCUCAGACGACUCAAGUUCCUCAGAGAGUGAGCAGGAAUCGCGGCCUACAAAGGAGCAGAAGCAGAAGCAGAAUAAGAGCAAGAAGCCUGCCGAGUCAACAGAGGAAUCAAGUGAUUCUAGCUCGGAAGAUGAAUCCUCUGCAGAACAGACACCACCACCGCCUCCUUCUACCAAGAAGAGGGUAACGAUACAAGAAGAACAUACUGUUGUCCCUCUACCAACAAAAGCAUUCAAGCCUCCGCCGGGCUUCCAGUUCAUGCAGAAGUCCUCCACCCAACCUAGCAAUAUAUCACAGCUUUUAUCCAAUCUCGAUGGCAAGCAAUUAUGGCAUAUAACAGCUCCAAUUGGCGUUCCCGUGUCGUCGAUAGAGGCUAUUGCCAUGGACGCGAUCACAAGCGGAGAGCCGGUUCUAACACAUAAGGGAACCGCAUACAAACUACAAGAGAGCCAGCUAGGAGGGUCCGAGAAGCAGAAAUCGCUACUUGUCCCUGACAAGAAUGGCAAUGUCUAUCGCCGACAAAGUCUCCCGGUGUCUCGAACAUACCAUCUAGAGCAGGUCGUCAACCUCCCGCAGGAAGACAGCUUCCAGGCCAACGGAUCAGUCGACAUAUCAGCCUUGACGAAGAAGCCACCAAAGCAGCCUCAGCAUCUGCGAAUGCGCUACAAGCCCUUUGGCUCAGCAGACCAGCUCCCAGAGACCAUUGGGUUGAGUGACGAGGAGCCGGAGAUAGAAGACAAGCAGUUCAAGGUACCCAAGGGAGCUGACCUAGAUCGCAAGGGAAAGCAGAAGAAGAGAAAGCAGGACGUCGUGCUUGUACCGGACGAGGGGGAGGAAGAAGAAGAAGAAGAGUCAGGUGAGAAGGCUCUACCAAUUCGAGAAGAGAAGAAGAAGCAGAAGAAGGCAAAGAAGAGCAAGGAAGACAGCCCGGAAGUACAGAAGAAGAGCAGCAAGAAGCACAGAGACGAGACCGAAGGAGAGAGAAAAGCUCGCAAGGAAGAGAAGAAGAGGAAAAAAUAG